AGAGUGGCAGGGGGGCGUAUAGAGGAGGGGCUACUAACGAGGAUGGGCUGUCCUGGGUUGCCCGGGUGGUGGUGGCCCUGCUGCCGGCUUCCUUACAAGAGUGGGCGGUUGAGAGUCUAGGUGUGGGAAGUGGCGGCAGCAGGAAACGAGGCAGGCAGGGGACGUCUAGGAAAAAGAAGGGGUCGGAAGGAGCAGCAGCAGCCGAAGCAGCAGGAGCAGGAGGAGAAGGUGGGUCACGAGCAGAAGAGAGAGAUGAGCUGGCCAAUGGGGUUGUGACAGCUGGACGGGAGAGCACAGGGGAAGAGGUGGGCGAGGAGGCAGCAGGGGGUGAAGCUGGAACAGGGAGACUCAGCAGAUUGCUAGGUAGUGUGGGCAAGCUGGGCAGUGGCAGCAGGCAGGGCAGUGCUGGCAAGGUGAUCUCCAGGCGAGGCAGCAGGGACGCUGAAGGUCCAGGGGAGGGCAUGGGGGGGAGCAGGGCUGAAGGCGACACAGCAAGUGAGGACGAGGGGGAGGAGGACGCGGAGGAGCGAGAAGAGGGGCGGUGGGUGGGCCGGAUGUUUGGGCGGCAGGUGGCGGUGAAGCGGCUGCUGUCGCAGUUCUACGAGCGGGCAAGGCAGGAGAUAGCGGCACUGAUAGCGACUGACGAGCAUCCCAACGUGGUGCGGUGCUUCGCCAUGGAGGAAGAUGAGUCAUUUGUGUAUGUCGCACUGGAAAGGUGCGCGUUCAACCUCACGGACCUGGUGCUGGCGUGCCGGGCUAACCUGGCUGCCGCUGCAGCAGCUGCAGCUGGUGCUGGUGCUGGUGGUGGUAGUGGAAGUGUUGCCAGUAGUGCAGAUGCUGCUGGGCCUUUCACCUCCUCCUCCUCCUCCACCUCCUCAGCUUCCUCCAACAGCAAGCCCACCAGUCCCUUCCACUCCUCCACAUCCACCACUGCCUCCUCUCUCUCCUCUUCCUCCUCCUCCUCCUCCUCCUCCUCCUCCUCCUCCACGCUCCCUUCCUCUGACCCCCCUCUGCAACUCAAAACCCCCUCGCUCUCGCUCCGCCUCUCGCCCUCCUCGUCAGCCGAGAGGGAAAUCAUAUCAGCAGCGCUGGAGCGGGUGCAAGCCUACUGCUCCUCCCAGGGCGUGGGCCUGCAAGCGCUGUGUCUGUGGGACGACAAGGGCCAGCCGACCCAGCAGCUGGUGGGGCUAUUGAGAGACAUUGCUAGUGGGCUUGCUUAUCUGCACGAUCAGAGAAUUGUGCACCGGGACUUGAAGCCGCACAACGUGCUCAUCUCCCUGCUGCUGCCCAGCCGCCACAGUCAGCACAGCAGACACCGGCAACGCGGGCAGUCCCGCUCAAAGGCGCAAGCAGUGGUGAAUGGGAAUAUGGUUGGGGUAACGCCGGGUGAGGACGUUGGGUCUCCUGCUGUGCCAUCAACAGCAGGAGGAGAUGCAGCAGCAGCAGGAUCAGCAGCAGGAUUAGCAGCAGCAGCAGGAUCAGCAGCAGGAUUAGCAGCAGCAUUAGCAGCAGCGGCAGCAGACUCUGGAACUCCCACCGUCACAGCUGCAGCAGCAGUCACAGCAUCAGCCGCCUCGGCCGCCACAGCAGCAGCUGCCAUGGCUCGGGCCAUACCUUUUCUGGAGGUUCGGAUGCGAGGGAAACUCUCAGACAUGGGGAUAAGCAAGAGGCUGGGCGACGGGGCGAGCUCCUUUGACACGAUGACAGCGGGGUCGGGCAGCAGCGGGUGGCAGGCGCCGGAACAGCUGGAGGAUGGGUCCCGGCUGACCAAGUCGGUGGACAUGUUUGCCUUCGGGUGCCUCAUGUUCUUCUGUGUGAGCGGCGGCAGCCACCCAUUUGGGGAGUGGUUUGAGCGCGACGCCAAUGUGCUGGCAGGGAAGGGGGAUCUUUUUCCCAUCGACCACGUGCCGGAGGCUGUGGAUCUCGUUGCAGCUCUGCUUGACAGGGACCCCGAGAAAAGGCCCCCAGCGCACCAGGUGCGGAGGCACCCCUUCUUCUGGCCAGCAGAGCAGCGACUGGCCUUCCUGCGAGAUGCCAGUGACAGAGUAGAGGGCGAGGACAGGGAGCAGCACUCGCCGCUCCUGGACGCCCUAGAAGCAGCAGCGCCCCGGGCCAUAGCGGGCAAGGGGGGGAUCAGCAGGGCGCCCGGGGAGAGGGGAGGGGGGUGGAAUGAGCGGGUGGAUGGGGCGCUCCUGGGGAACCUGGGAAGUACAGGAGGUAUAACUUCCAUAGUGUGCGGGAUCUGCUGCGUGUGAUACGGAAUAAGUGCAAUCACUACCGGGAACUGCCGCCCGAGCUGCAGGAGCGUUUGGGUUCACUCCCCGAGGCUUGAGAGAUACUUCCGAGAUCGGUUCCCUCAUCUGUUGCUGGAGGUCUACCACGUGUUGCUGCAACACUGCGCCCACGACCCCAUCUUCACAAAAUACUUCGCCCCAGUGAUUCCCCAAUAAGCCAUAAGAUGUGGCGUUUAUAACUAGAAAGAUGAGCGCAACAUGUGUGCAAGCUCGCUGGUAGGUCUUUGUAGUUUAGCGUAUAACAGACAAAGCCUAUGUUUUGUCUAAUAAGCCUCUAAUGUUUCAUAUCG